UCUAAUUCUCAUUCCUGUUUGCCAUUUUCUUUGCAUUCUCCAUUGUCAUCAUAAAGCUCUUUCAACUUCACACAUAAUCAUGCCACUCAAGAUACAAAGGAGUGCUGACGAAGCAUGGCCACGAGCAACCAUGGCCUUGGUAACACUCGAGUCUAUCUGUGUCCUCGUCCUCGAGUCUCUAGUCCUCCGAGAGCAUAUCAUACACAUCCAUCAACCACCAGCAGGAAAUGCUUUAAGCACUCCCAACAUCAUUUACCCUAUCCUCUACAUGCUUGCCAUUGCCAGUGUACUCUCACUCUGCGCAGAUGCCAUGUACCAUCGUAAUCAGAUCCAGGUUGUCGCCUUCACAAUGUUUAACUUUUUGUGCUUUACUUAUGGAAUCAUCCAAACAAUCUAUGACUGGCAAGCCGAUGGAACGGGAGGACCUCUAAAGGCCUACAACGUCGCUAUCACUGUCACAAUAGGCGUGUGUACCCUCUUCUUGAUUUAUGCAGUCUGUAAGCUGGCAAAAGUCUUUGGCUGGGAGAUGUACCGGUUCUUAGGCGCUGAUCCGAACAUGAGAAGGAUGCACAAGGGGUACGAAAUUCUUAUCACCUUACUCAAGUUCGAUGUGUUCUUUUUUGUGGCAUAUGCAGUCCAGAUGUUCACAUUAGUUGACACUACGGACAAGACAAUUGUUGCCACUCUCAGUAAUGGCAGGACACUCGCUCGGCAUCAGCUUUUGAUUGGUUUGGCCAUACCUGCAUCGAUCAUUCUUCUUGCUCUUGCCUUCUUUGGCGUUAUGAAGGAAAACAGGAUUAUAUCAGUCUUUGUGAUGAUCUGUUUGAUGGCAGUUGAACCCUAUUUCAUUUAUCAGCUUAUUUAUCUGCAGCUCCCAGAGAACAGCUCACGGUUCAUCAACUCUGUCAAGUAUCUCACCUUUUUCAUUGCUGUAACGAUGGUAUUGGUAUUGGCAACACUCGUCUUUAUGGUCUACUGCUUCCGUAAUUUCGGCAAAGGCUUAUUGAUCUCUGAAAAGAGUCGGAUUGCAAAGAUUAAUAAACCAUUUGAGAUUGAUGAAGAUCCUAUUGAGGCUGUACCUACCGUUCUAAUAGACUCAAAGCAAGAAGAGGGGGUGUCGCAGCAAUUGAUGGCAUAUCCAGCACUAAAGAAGAUCCAACAGGAUUACCGUAUCAAGCCUUCAUCACAUGACCGCAAUUCGAGCAACGAGAGGUAUUCGUCAGGAUCAUAUGGAAACAAUUCAAAGAUGGAAAUCGAUUGAGCGGUGAAUGUCCUUUUGUAAUAUACACGUACCUUAAUAAUAAGAGUAACAACAGUAAAUGAAAUGGCGCAGCGCAAAUAAAUAAAUAAAAAAAGACGUCAC